GAGGCCGCGAGCGAGGAGCCGGGGGUCGGUCUCUGCGAGGCCUUGCUAGGUACCACCGGCUUCUCUUCCUUCAGGGGCGGGACCGCUUCGCGGCCUUUCCUCAACGUGCGGAGGUUUCCUGAGGACGGCCGGAUCACCUUGGGCCGGAAGAGCCUGGCGCUGGCUUCGGACGACGGCGACCCCUCUCCCAGCCAGCCACCCGCAGCGGCCUGGGCGCGCCGCGGUGCCCGGAGCCUCGAACCUGGGGCCGGGCGGUGCCUGCACAGCCGGCUCCACCCACUGGGGCCUCGCCUCCAGCCGCCCGACCCCGGGUGUCUGACACACCCCCUCCCGGCGGGGCUCUGCGCCCCCGCCCUUCUUUCCCUGGUCUCCUUGAUUUUUUUUUCCAGUCCUCUACCUCGCUGUUUCCGACUUUGCACUAAAAGAUGCACCCUGGAAAACCACAUCAGGGGGCCACAUCUUGUUCGGAGAAGAGGCCAAGUUUUGGGACCUUAGGGUACACAUCCACCUUUUCAAGGGCCUAGAUAGGUUUGAUUAACCAGCCCAGAGCACCUUGUUCUUGCUGACACUGCCAUUUUCACCUCCCUACCUUCCCACACUUACAAAACUAUUAACAGGGACUCUCGGAGGUUGGUUUAUUUGAGUCCCCUUUGAGCUAGGCGUGAGGUUGGCACCUGGGUUAGAGUAUGGCUGCAUCCCUGGACCCUCAGAUCGACGCGCCCCUGGAGGUUGAGGGAUGCCUAAUAAUGAAGGUGGAAAAAGAGCCCGAGUGGGCAUUGGAGCCCAUUCUGGAAGGAUCGGACAGCUCUGAGUCCGAGACCUUUCGCAAAUGCUUCAGACAAUUCUGUUAUGAGGAUGUGACCGGACCCCAUGAAGCUUUCAGUAAACUCUGGGAACUUUGCUGCCGGUGGCUGAAGCCAGAAAUGCGUUCCAAGGAGCAGAUCCUGGAGCUGCUGGUGAUUGAGCAGUUUCUCACCAUUUUACCCGAGAAGAUUCAGGCUUGGGCACAGAAGCAGUAUCCGGAAAGUGGAGAGGAGGCGGUGGCCCUGGUAAUACAUUUGGAAAAAGAGACUGGAAGACUAAGACAGCAGGUUAGCAGUCCUGUGCACUUAGAGAAGCAAGCCCCACAAGGAGCAGCAUGGGAGGUGGCCAGCUUUCAGCCACGGCAGGCGGAGCCCCAACCCAGAGUAGUGUCUCAGGAGGAUGCUGAAAGCCUCCACUCGGGACACCGGGAACAGCUGAACCAAAAGAGAGAGCUUCAGCCCUUACCCAAGAAUGCCCGGCCUUCUCCCUGGGUUCCUGCUCCAGCUCAUGAAUGGAGCACCACGGAUCAGGAAGUGACCACACGACUUCCUGUUGGGUCGCAGGGACCAGUGAAAGAUGUCUGCAUGGCAAGAGGUUUUUCCUACAAAAAGAGUGUGCAUCAGAUUCCUGCUCCCAGAGACCUCUACCAGGAUAUUAGAAAGGAGAGUGUUGGGAACAUGGUCUCCCUGGGAAGUACAGUGUCGACAUCUAACAAGAUAGCCCGGUUGGAGCAAAGAAAGGAGCCCUGGACCAUAGGUGUACAUUCCUCUAAUAAGAGGACUGUCUUACAAAGCAACUACAUCAAGGAAAAGUCAGUUCAUGCUGUUCAGAUCCCUGCAAGGAGUGCAGGGAAGACAUGGAGAGAGCAGCAGCAGUGGGGUCUAGAAGAUGAAAAAAUAGCCGGCGUGCACUGGAGUUACGAGGAAACUAAGACUUUCCUUGCAAUUCUCAAAGAGUCCCGCUUCUAUGAAACGCUUCAGGCUUGUCCCCGAAACAGCCAGGUGUAUGGUGCUGUAGCUGAGUGGCUGCGAGAGUGUGGCUUCCUCCGAACACCAGAACAAUGCCGGACCAAGUUCAAAAGUCUCCAGAAGAGCUAUCGAAAAGUGAGGAAUGGCCAUGUGUUAGAACCCUGCGCCUUCUUUGAGGACAUGGACGCUUUGCUGAACCCUGCAGCUCAUGCUGCAUCCACGAAUCAGCCAAAGGAGAUGAUGUCUCUCCCCAGACUGAAGAGAACUGGUGUCAGUGCCAAAGACCAGAUCAAUUUGGUGGAGGAGGAAGAAGCCGCAGAAGAAUCUGAUGGUGAUGAGAUGGGCGUUGAGUUUAUCCGGAAGUCUGAGAUUCGUGGUGCCCCUGUCUUAUUUCAAAACCUGAGUGGUGUGCACUGGGGCUACGAGGAAACCAAGACUUUUCUUGAUAUCCUCCGGGAGACUCGGUUCUACGAAGCACUGCAAGCCUGUCAUCGGAAGAGCAAGUUGUACGGGGCUGUGGCUGAGCAGCUGCGCGAGUGCGGCUUCCUCCGGACGCCAGAACAGUGCCGGACCAAGUUCAAAAGCCUCCAGAAGAGCUACCGCAAAGUGAAAAAUGGUCAUGUGCUGGAGUCCUGCGCCUUCUACAGGGAGAUGGAUGCCCUGAUUAACUCUCGGGCAUCCGCCCCUCCCACCAACACCCCAGAACAAGUCCCAUCACCCUCAGUUCAAGAAAGAGAGGAUGUUGAGAUUGAACCCCAGGGACCUCCAGGCUGGGAACCUGAGGAGACCUCACAGGAGACAGUAGUUGAAGAUUCCGGCAGCGAGAGAAUGAGUGAGGAGGAGACUGUUAAAGAGCCAGAAUUCCGGGGACCGCCAGGUCUACUGCAAAGCCCAAGUGAUUUUGAAAUUGGAAACAGCAUCAAGGAGAGUGCCGCACAGGUAGUGUGUAAGGACAUGGAGCCGCACAGGGCCCUAAUGGAAAAGCCCAAAGGGGGCGUGUCCCAGAAUAUUGAUCCAGGUAAAUGUCGUAAAAGGGAAUGCAUCUCAGGAAGACAGUGGGACAGCCUUCAAGGAGUCAGACAGGGAAAGCUGAUGUCUCAGCCUAGAGACUUAGGGAAAGCUGUAGUGCAUCAGAGGCCUCUCGUGGGGAGGAGGCCCUACCGGCUUCUCAGAUACGGAGAAAGCUUUGGGAGGAGCGCUCGCCUUCUGUGCCGGGUGAGCCACCAGAAGGAAAAUCCUUGCAAGUGUAGUGUCUGUGGGAAGUGCUUUGGUAGAAGCAGGAGUCUUAUCAGACACCAAAGAAUCCACACAGGAGAAAAACCUUUUAAAUGUCUUGACUGCGGGAAGAGCUUUAACGACUCCUCAAACUUUGGCGCCCACCAGAGAAUCCACACCGGGGAGAAACCCUACAGCUGUGGAGAAUGCGGGAAGUGCUUCAGUCAGAGCUCGAGUCUCAUCAUCCAUCAGAGAACCCACACUGGAGAGAAGCCCUACCAGUGCGCCGAGUGCGGGAAAAGCUUCACCAACAGUUCUCAUUUCAGUGCCCACCGGAGAGUCCACACUGGUGAGAGCCCCUACAAGUGCGGGGACUGUGAGAAGAGUUUCAGCAACUGUACAAGGUUUCGGGAGCAUCGGAGAAUCCACACCGGAGAGAAGCCCUAUGGGUGCAUCCAGUGUGGCAAGCAUUUCAGUAAGAGUUCUGUUCUUACCAAACAUCAGGAAGUCCACGUGAGAGAGAAGCUGCAGCCGCUCCCUCUGCCCACGUAUCUCCCAGAGCACCCCCAGAAGGGGAAGACUGAUGAGUUCAGGAAAACUUUUUGACACGAUCUCUUCUCUUCCUAAAUGACCCUUUAGCCAUUUUACCCUAAUCUCACUCUUGGAGGCAGUCUUAGCUAUGAAGAGUCAUUGCCAAGAUAAGCUUGAGAAAAUGAAGGCUUGGAUCCUGUUCUCGCCUCUGCCUCUAACUUGAUCAGUCUGCUCCUCUCCUCUGCGUCUCAACUUUUCCUUUACAAAGUCACGAAGAUAACGAGUCAAGCCACUGCGAUGGGCUUGCUAAAUCCAGCAACAUCCAAGACCCCUCUGUGUAGGAGAGAGUUGUUUUGAAGGAGAGAAAAAAAUGCACAAAGUUGUUUUCAUUAUCUACCACGUGCGGUCGUGGAUACAACUUGAUCGGAGUUUAACGUGUGGGUAGAACGUCCAGGAGUCUGAUAAGAACCGCAUCAGAUCCAUCUUGGUUUAGAAGAUAUUCACAAAGGGAGAUGGAAGAUUUUACAGUUUUCCUCUCCUGUUGCGGUGUGUCUUUUUUGUGUCAAGAAGCUGAUCUAACUAGCCAAGGUGGAAUCUGUGUCAUCGCUGAAGUAAUGCCUUGCCCUCCACAAGCAGCUCAUCAUCCAUCGUCCUCUGUGGACUGACCUUUUCUGUACCUGAAGGCUGAACCCCCUUGGCGGCCGCUUCUCCAGCCUAUAAGUAAUCCCAUUCCUUUUACUGUUUCUCGUAUGUCCUGUACUUACCUCUUAAUUGUUCUGGGUGCCCUCAUCCGACUCUUCUGAAUUACCGUGCCCUCCUCAGAUGGAAUAGCAUGCAUGCUCAUGGCGUGUCUCACUCAAAGUAGAAUUUCAGACCCAGUCUACUUCCACCCUAUAACUCCUCUGGCUCUUAUCAGGGCAUGACUGGGAUGUUGGCGUAUUUUAUGCCUCCCAGCCCACACUUCAGUAUAAUAUAAUCGUUUUCUAAAACUCGCAGUGGGUAGGGAAGAACUGAGGUAAAGAUCUGAAACGUUUCUGUUUCCUGGUCUCCUUAGUCCUGCUUUAGCACAGAUAGCCACCUCCAUCCAGACCAGCUCUCCAGGCUAGUCCCUGUUCAUAGGAUCAUGAACCUCACUGUAGUGCUCUGAGUAAUUUAUACAACUCUGUAGCUCACUGAGGAGAGGUAGAAAUAGUUACAGAAACUUCCAGUCCAUUUACCUGCUAGUCUGAAAAAUCUCUUUGAUAACCCUCAGCACUAGCCUGAUAAAUACUGAAGGACGGAUUCAGGUGGGGACAUAGUUCAUUUAUGGAUGUGGAUGAAAACCAGGAACUUGGUCACGCAAGGCGUUACUUCAGGAUGAGGCCAGUGGCAUUUGUAGCCUUCAUAGGAUGGUAAACCUCAGGGGGGCUUUGCUUGGAGGAGAGGGAAGUCAUAAGUUUAGGGGGAAGAGAACCAGAGUCAGGGCUGUGUGUAGAUCAUUCUUUCGGUCUCGUCUCUCCUUUCCUUUGUGAGAUGCUCUUCUAUCUGAAGACAUCUGAGUAUGUUUGAAUCUUUUGAAACUUGUUUAACAAAGUACCAAGGAGGGCAGGCAGUGGAGAAAGAAAUCCAACUUACGGUGCCAGAAUAGAGUGUGGUCUGUUGGAAGGCAGGUGACUCAGGCAAACAUUGAUCAAUGGUCCUUAUUUACACUUGCUGGACCUGUUAGAAUUGUUCACAUCUCAGUAGGUUGAUUUCCUCUGUGUUGUCUGAAUUACAGACUUCUAAUGGUGAGUGCAGUUUCAUGUUGGUAGUGUGCCUAGCACAGGAAGGUGUGUGUGGUGCCGGCGGGCGUGCGCUUGUGUUGUGUAGAUGUUCUGAAACUCCCCCUCUAGAGAAGAUGCGCAUUAAUAGAAAUCACCACUUAGUAAUAAGUACCCAGGAGCGAUAAUUAUAUCAAAGCAUGGUUCAGGAAAGUAGAUUUACUCAUAAGUAUUUAUGAAGCACUGUUGUGUGUAAGGCUAUGUUCUAGGCACAGCGAGGGGUAUGAAAAUGAAGAAAAGGCAUGGUGCCUGCGCUCAAGGAACUUGCCGUAGAUGGAGGACGUACUGCAGCAAAAGGUCGUGCCUGUUCUGCUCCUGUCAAUUACAGGUCAGUGGCUUCUCAGUGAAGAAAUCACCUUCACUUGUGGAAGGAGUUUCUCUGAUUGCCUAAAAUCAUAUUCAGUACCUCUGUCCCCCAGAUUUCCCCAGUGGCCAGGGAGGUUCAGGACCCCUUCUGCCUCCAGUGGAAGAGACGGAUUCUGUCUGUCUCAUGUGUCUGGGAUCAAGGCUGAGGUGGAAUUUGGAUUCCCUUACCUGUUUCCCAGUUGUAAAUCGGCUCCUGGAACUUGUAUUAAAAAUUAUCUUAGUGAACUGUGUCUCUGCUUCUGAAUAGAAAUUCCUGCUCACCAUCUUAGACCAAGACUGUAUUUUAUCUUUUUUCAGGUGGCACAUGAAAGUCAAAAUAACAGUCAUACUCUGAUUAAUGUGACUCAUAUCACAUAACAUUGCCUUUAUGAAGAUCCAUUGGAAAAAGUUUUUUUCCUAUCUCUCAGUACCAGGGAAAGCUCUGAUCCUAAAGCUGGGGGAAAAAGGAAAGGUUACCUUACAAACACUGUGAUUUUUGUUUAUUUGUUUAUAACUUACUGCUUUUCUUUCUUUGUUCUAGCUGCUGGAACAAAGAAACUUACAAAAGCAAAACUUACAACUCACCUCAACCAACUACCUGAAACCUAUAUUUAUUUAAUCCUGUCUUGUAUCUUUAAAAAUUGCCCCAAAUCCUAUUUUUUUAAAAGUGGUAUAAACAAAUAGACAUUUUAUUCUCUGACCUCUUACCCAAGGCACUUUGGAACCUGGCCUGUAUCCCUGCCUAGGAUUAUUUUGUUACUCCCAUGAAGACCUCGAUUCUUACUGGUGAUUUUAUUACACAUACAACUGACUCUAUCUGGAAGGAAACCUUAGUUUUUUUUUUUUUAGAGAGGAAAACUUCACAGCAUACUUAAAACAGCUCAGGGCCGCCUGCCCUGUAGACUGAGCACUAGACCAGAAGCCAAAGGACACCUUCUGAGUCUUGUUUGACACAUCAGACUCUCUGGGCCUGAGUUCCUCAUCUGAAGAGAAGCCAAGUGUGAUUGCCAAGGCUGCUGGAAUGUUUUGGGCAAUGACAGGUAGCUACAGUGAAGAAAGCCUAUUUGGUGAGGUGUGGCGCCCAACGACUCAGCCCCGGGGAGCUGGGGAGGCCCCGAGCGGGGAGCGUCUGGGUGACUGGUGUAGCCGUAAGCUUUGCCUCUUGAGUGCGUUCUGAGUAGAAGGUAUGUCUGCUCAUUGUACUCGUCGUUCCGUAUAAAUGUUCACUUAGAUGUCUUCUUGAAAACUUGUAUGUGAAAUAAAUGUCUAAAAUAAAUGACUCCCGUUGGGUUUUGCCAUAA